AUGGAGCGACUACAAAGGAAGCAAGCGGCCCUGCGACAAGCCAUCGACACUACCAUCGCAGCGGCCAGCACCUUACUUCAAGCGACAGAAGCAUCAACCGGUGAGCUUGAAGAACAUUUGGACAUCCUUCUUGAACAAGCUGAAGAGCUUAAAGCAGUCAACGAUGCUAUAGAAAAGAAAGUGGACCUACAAGAGCUCGACACCGUAUUGACAGAGUGCGCUGCGUACAGCUUGAGAAUUUGCACCUUGAAAACAAGGAUAAAAAGGGCACUGAGAGGUGGAGCCGUGAGCGAAACGAUUUCAAGUACACCAUCAGAAACAGGAAAUAACUCUGACCACAUCGCACAGUCACGUUCCGUCCAGCAUGCAGUUACGACGACUCUUCAGCUACCGUCGACAACGACAAGACUUCCGAAGCUAGAGAUCGCCAAAUUCGACGGAAACCUGCUCUCAUGGCACAGAUUCUGGAAUCAGUUCGAGUCUACCAUCCAUAAAAAUCCAGCUCUACAUCCAAUUGACAAGUUUCAGUACCUGACGAGCUAUCUCACCGGCAAAGCAGCAGCCGCUAUCGACGGGCUACCACUCAGUGACCGAAAUUAUGAAAUUGCAGUGAAGACAUUAGUCGAAAGAUUCGGAAAGGACGACGUUAUCAUUGAAGAACAUAUGUCGAGGUUGCUCAACAUCCGACCUGUCCAUAACAUCUUCGACACCGAGAGGCUGCGGACCCUUUAUGAUGAGGUGCAGACGGGGGUUCGGAGUCUCGAGGCAUUGGGUGUGGCGUCGAGCACUUAUGGAGUGCUUUUAUUGACAGUCCUACGGAAGAACAUCCCGAAUGAGCUUUGCCUCGGUUACUGCAGGCAAAAGAUAACAUCUGCAGUCGCGCCAGGAGAUGAUCUUCAAGAUUUCCUCAGUUUCCUCAAGACCGAAGUAGAAAGUCGAGAGAGGGCCGAAUGUGGAACCCGUCAACAGCUGAGCGCCGACAGGCUGAGUCGCCCGAUCCUCAAGUAUAUUCCUGAAAAGAAGGCGUCCGCGUCGGUUUUAACUGCCGUCAUGAAAGCUGAAACACAGUGCAAAUUAUGCGAAGCGAGCAGCCACUCAACCGCCGACUGUGAAGUUGAUUUGACUGCGGAUCAGAAGAGGACAAUUGUGCAGCGGGAAAGACUCUGCUUUAGGUGCGCCAAGGCAGGUCAUCGAGCAUACGAGUGCCGCACCUCAAGAUGGCUUAAAUGUAAGAGAUGCUCCGGCCGGCACGUUGCAGCCCUGUGUAACCUGAAUCGACCACCAGCAACAGGAAAGUCCGAAGAGAAGACUGUACUCACUGAGACAAUCGUACAGUCUUCGCUGCAAGUCGAAGGCACCAAGAAGAGAACCCGUGUCCUUCUGCAGACGGCUCAAGCAUGGGUUCAGGGUAGGGAGAAGCGAGCGAUGGUCAGGCUGAUGAUUGACGGCGGAAGUCAGCGUACCUUUGUCAAGAAAGAGGUUUCACAGAAGGUGGGACUGCGUGUGAUGGGAGAGGAAACCCUGAAAAUAAUGACAUUUGGAAACGAGAAGCCGUCUUCAGGAAUGAAGUGCCGCCGAGUGGAGUUAUGGUUGUGCAGUCGACACAACGAGAUAAAGAUCCGCGUUGAAGCGCUCGAGAUCCCACAAAUCUGCUGCGACAUUGUGCCCGCACCUGAAGCUUCCACCGUCAACUACCUCGAAGAGCAAGGCCUCGAACUCGCCGACAGUACGCAAGAUGGAGCAGAAAUAGGGCUGCUGCUGGGAUCCGAUUACUACUGGGAGGUCACAACCGGUGGUGUCAAGCGCCUCGACAGCGGUCUCGCAGCCGUGGAGACCAUUUUUGGCUGGACCCUGCAGGGGACAACGCACACCACAGAAUCAACAGCAACGUACGUGUCCACUGUGGGAGUGUUGCGCGUGGCUGUCAUCGGCGAGGAAGACCAAGACGACACUGCUGCUCAACUCAAAUCGUUUUGGCAGCUCGAGCACAUUGGCAUUGUCGACGAAGGAGAGGCCGACAUGGAAGACAACCAAGUUUUGCGGGAAUUUCGGGAGAACGUCUCCAGGAACAACUGCCGAUAUCAAGUUUCCCUUCCCUGGAAAGAGAAUGCUGGCGAUUUGGCAGAGAACAGAGCCACGGCUUUCAGUAGGCUCAGGUCGUUGACGACAAAAUUUGUGAGCAACAGAGUACAGGAGAUACAACCACUAACUGAUCCCGCUGUUUGGAAACAUUGCCCGGGGAGAGAAAAUCCAGCAGAUCUGUUGACACGGGGCAUGCUGCCCUCCCCUUUGGUUGUCAGCGAGAGCUGCUGGACGGGACCGAUAUGGCUAAAACGUGUUCAAACGUACAACGCGAUGCCUUCACACGUCCCUGAAGCUGAAUGUAGCACCGAAGAGAUCCGGAAAGUUCACGUGCUGAACACCGUGACGCUGGUAGAUGGAGUGCCUCUCAUGGAUCUUGAGCACAAGAGCUCAAUGACACAGCGCAAAGAGAGAAGCAUAGGGGAAGGGGACAUUGUCCUACUCGGAGAAGAGAAGGUCCCGCGACAGAUGUGGAAGCUGUGCCGGGUUGUCGAGACGUUUCCUGGAAGGGACGGCCGAGUUCGAGCAUGCAAGAUUUCUCUGCCGGACCGAAAGCUGCUGAGACGACCAGUCCAAGCUCUCUACCCGCUUGAACUAGGGGAGGAAUGA